CAAACUUCAACCUCAAAAUUAACCGCAUUGAAGCAUUGGUGCCCUCUCUCGUCUCUCGCCAUUCAAUUAAUAUAAACUAGAGGUCACGCCUCGACUCGCACCAUCAUGUCUGUGGAGAUCAUCACGACCAUCUCUCCCAUCACCAACAGGCCAAUCCUCACACGCAACAGCCUAACAGAUGCCGAUCUCCAGUCUAUUCCUGCGACGGCUACGCGCGCGUUCGAGUCGUAUCGCCGCACGAGCCUCUCAGAGAGGCAAUCCAUUGUCAAGAGGGCGCUGAAGUUACUCAAGGAGCGGCAGGACGAAUUGGCUAAAGAAAUCACGCAGCAGAUGGGGCGGCCCAUCGCCUACAGUGCAAAAGAAGUCGCCACUGCCGUAAUGCGCGGCGAAUAUCUUCUCAAGAUUAGCCCAGAAGUUCUCAGUGAUACGCUAGGUGAGGCGGAAAAGGGCUUCAAGCGCUACAUCAAGAAAAUUCCAGUGGGACCAGUCUUGAUUCUUUUUCCGUGGAAUUAUCCUUAUCUGACCCUUGUGAAUUCGAUAGUGCCAGCUUUGCUUGCCGGAAACUCUGUCAUCCUGAAACCCUCUCCUCAGACACCGACGAGUGGCGAGCAGAUUCAGCAGGCUUUUAGUGAUGCUGGGCUUCCUGAGGGGGUUAUUCAGGUCUUCCAUUGUGGGUCUCUAACCCAGAUUGAGGCAAUGAUACGAUCCCCACAAAUACAGCUGGUUUGCUUCACAGGGUCAGUCGCCAAUGGUCUUGCUGUACAAAAGGCUGCAAGCGAUCGAGUAGGUAUUCGAGUAUGUCUUGAGCUUGGUGGCAAGGAUCCAGCUUACGUCCGAUGUGACGUAGAUGUUCAGUGGGCUGCUGAAGAGAUCGUAGAUGGUGCAGUCUUUAACUCAGGUCAAAGCUGUUGCAGCAUCGAAAGGGUAUACGUGGAUGAGAAGAUCCACGACCAAUUUGUUUCUGCAAUCCAAGGAGUCCUGAAGGGGUACAAACUAGGGGAUCCUUUUGAUACUAAGACGCACGUUGGCCCCGUGGUCUCUAAACGGUCAGCAGAGACGGUUCGCGGACAUAUCAAAGACGCGCUCCGAAAAGGUGCCAAAGAUGCAACACCAGCGAACGAGUCUUUCCAAUCCCCGCUUCCAGAUGGCAACUACGUUGCACCAACACUCUUGAUUGAUGUGACUCAUGAAAUGUCUGUCAUGACAGAAGAGACUUUUGGUCCAGUCAUUCCUGUAAUGAAAGUAAAAAAUGACGCAGAGGCUAUCGAGCUUAUGAACGAGAGUCAAUUUGGUCUUACGGCGAGUAUCUGGACUAGGGAUAUUGACAAGGGCCACGAACUCAUGGAGGAUGUUGAGGCCGGAACCGUUUUUGUAAACCGUUGUGACUACCCAAGUCCAGACCUUGCAUGGAUAGGGUGGAAGGACUCUGGAAAAGGACAAACACUGAGCAAAUUCGGCUUCGAUCAAUUUAUUAAGUUGAAGAGCUACCACAUCAAAGACUACCCAAAAUAACUCGAUAUGCAUGAGAUACGAAGCCCUUAACGUUAUCAUAUACUCAUCCUAUAGAUAGGAGCUGGCAAUGAAGCGAUUCUCAGGGAUGUAUGACAAGGGAACUAUAGUGUAUGUUGACUCUCUCUCUAAAUCACUUGAGUGAAACCAAGUGCCUCAUAAAUGCAGCCCAAGUGUCAAGGUCGCUCUAUCAUUCGG